UUCCUGUAUGAACUUGCCUCAGUAUCGCGUCGAUUCUGAAUUGUGACGGUUGUGAAGUGCAGCAGUGUGCGAUAGGCCGCUGUCCGCCAGUAUUACCUAAAAAAUUCGUAAUUAUUUAUUUAUCAGUGCGUCUUUAGUGUUGAUACAAUAAAUAAUGGCGAAUUUAAGGCAAACACCCUUAACCUGCAGCGGGCACACGAGACCAGUUGUCCACUUAGCUUUCUCCGAUGUAACGGAGUCCGGCUACUAUCUAAUUUCGGCAUGUAAAGAUGGGAAACCCAUGUUAAGACAGGGUGACACGGGAGAUUGGAUCGGAACGUUUGAAGGGCAUAAAGGGGCAGUGUGGGGUGUGGCUCUAAACCCACAGGCCACGAGAGCUGCGACUGGGGCAGCUGAUUUCAAUGCCAAAGUAUGGGAUGCGGUAAAAGGAGAAGAAGUUCAUUCCUUCCAACACAACCAUAUCGUCAAGUCUGUGAACUUUAGUUCGGACUCGAAUUACUUGUGCACCGGUUCAAAUGAAAAACUUGUCCGCAUUUAUGAUCUGAACAAACCAGAAGCUACACCUCAGGUAUUCUCAGGACACACGAGUGGCAUAAGGCAUGUUACAUUUUUCAAAAAUGAUACGGCUCUGGUUACUUGUGCCGAUGACAAAACUCUCAGAGUCUGGGACAGAAAUAGCAGGCAAGAAAUGAAGAGACUUGAUUUUCCGGCAAUACCUAGUUCCAUGGAAGUUUCCAGGGAUGGAAAUGUAAUCACGACUACGCACUCUAAUGUCGUCACCUUUUGGGAUAGCAAAGAAUUAACUAAGAUUCGCGAAUUCAAUGUUCCCACGCAAGUGAACAGUGCGAGUUUACAUCCAGACUGCAGCAUUUUUGUGUGCGGAGGAGAAGAUCUCAAAAUGUACAAAUUUGACUAUAUUACUGGAGCAGAGAUUGAAUCGUUCAAGGGCCAUUUCGGUCCUGUUCAUUGCGUUCGAUUCUCUCCCGAUGGUGAACUGUACGCGAGCGGAUCUGAAGACGGUACACUUAGACUGUGGCAGACCACCAUAGGAAAGACGUACGGUCUAUGGCGCUGUAUAGAGCAGACUCCAAUAAUUCCAGAGAACGCCGCGCUCAACAACAAACAAGAGGUUUCGGCCAGCUAAAUAAAAAAUCUCAAGUCAGACAUCAAAUGAUAAUGUUAAACGUUUAGACUGUACGAAUCAUCCGGAGGUAUUUUUCUUUCAAGAUAGCCAUCCGUUGACUAUUUUUGUGAUAGCAGAGGUAUGCAAUUUUCUAAAUUAACGUGAAAUUUGCUUUUAUUUUUUCGGAGACCAUCUCGAAUUGUCAACAAGAUUCGAGUGUUUAUCUCUGUUGAAAACUUCAACUCUGUUCACUUCUUGGGAUGAACUAAGGAGGAAUCGAAGGUAAGAGAAGUGACCUUAAAUUCAAUGCAUCAAUUACUCUUUACGAGGCAAUUGCGAGCUACGAGUUCGUAUUUAUUUAUCAAUUUUUGGGACAUGCGAUAUCGACUAUCUUGUCGCGCAUACCUGACCCAUCUUGUAAAUCUUUCCAUAGUAAGACAAAAAGAUUUUUUAUACCAAGAUAACCCAGAGCUGUUGCGCUCUUUGGUGUUCGAUUAUUAAAAAUCUUCUGUAUAUAAAUAUGUAAUACACGCCUGAACAAGGUCUCGAAAAUAUAGUUGUACAAUUCAAUUCUUCUCACAUACAUAUAUUUCUUACGAACAAAUCUUUUCAACCGGAUCUUGGAUUCUAUGAAUUAUACCAAGUUACGGAACAAUUUCAACGAUAUGUUAAUUGAUAAAUGGGUAAUCAGUUACAUGAUCAAUGCAAUUAAUAAGCUGUACUUCAAAUUGCAAUUUGCUAUACUAUUGGAGCAUGUGAAUAAAUGGAGGAAAUAAAAACAAAGACAAGUAUUUAUUAUAGAAAAAAAGGGGUUUAUUAUUAUUAUUAUCAUCAUUACAUUCACUAUUGUUGUUAUUAUCAUUAUUAAUAUUAUUAUUAUUAUUAUUAUUAUACAAACGUUAUGUUUACGAUUAAAAUUGGUAGAGGCUAAUAAAAUAUAAAAGAGCGACAAAUAAUUAAGUACGACUUAAAAGUCUAUAGAGAAACAGCGUUCGUCAAUAUAAUGGAACAGCUGCAAUUGUAUAUCGUUACUUGAUUUAAUUAACAUGAAUUCAACACGGUA